CUCAAGAGAAAUGGUUUUUUCCUUUUUAUUACUUUAGGAAAGGACUACGUAUCUUCUCAUUUAUCUUCUCUUCCUCUUUCCUCCUGCCUUUCCAAACAGAUUGUAAAUUUCUCUAAAUACCUGGUUCCUUUCACACCAUAGACCCCACUCCCCACAUGGGUGCACGGUAAUCCUUGCCGGACUCCUGGCGCCACAUUAGCAAAAGACUUUAAACGCACGCUAGCAAGAGAUAAACCUGACAACUUAUCCCCAGACCAUUUAGUCUUAAGAUUAAGAUACCCAACACUCCCCCUAAGCUCUCAACUGUGUGACAUCAAUUGCGGUUUCUCAAUUCUCAUAAAGAGCAAAUAAAAAAGAGAUCCAUAUUGUGAUUCAAUGGCUUUAAGCUCGUCUUCUUUCCCAAGUUCUUUUUCUAUCUCUUCUACCAACCAAUGGAAAUAUGAUGUCUUCCUGAGUUUCAGAGGGGAGGACACCCGCAACACUGCUGUGGACUUUCUAAAUUAUGCUCUAGAACGGAGGGACAUUUACACUUUCAAGGACGAUGAAAAACUUGAGAAAGGAAAAACUAUUAAACCAGAGCUUUUGAAAGCGAUAGAAGAAUCCAGAUUUGCCGUGGUCAUUCUCUCAGAAAAUUAUGCAUCUUCAACUUGGUGCUUAGAAGAACUUGUGAAGAUUAUUGACUGCAAAAAAGAAAAGGGAAUGACAGUUCUACCUAUUUUUUACAACGUGAAUCCAUCUGAUGUGCGAAAACAAACAGAAACUUUUGCAAAUGCCUUUGAUAAACAUGAAAAACAAUUUAAGGAGAAGGUGGGCACAUGGAGAGAUGCUUUGAAUCAUGUGGCUGGUAUUGUCGGAUAUCAUGUAGAGAAUAGCCCUCUCUCAAAAGUUGUCGAAAGCAUUGUGAGAUUGAUAUCACAUAAAUUGAGUUUUGAAUUCUCUGAAAUUACUGAGGGCUUGUUUGGAAUUGACUCUCAACUGGUCGGAUUGGAGUCAUGUUUAGCUUUAUGGUUAAAGGAUGAUGUUCGCUUUAUAGGGAUUUGGGCAAUGGGGGGAAUGGGCAAAUCAACCCUAGCUGGGGUUGUCUAUAAGAUGAUUUCUAAAGAAUUUGAAGCUUGUUGUUUUAUCGAUUAUGGUAGGGAAGAAGAUUUAUUUUCACUACAAAAAAAUCUUAUUUCUCAAAUAUUGAAAGAAAUAAAUUUGAAUAUACAAAAUAAACUUGAUGCAGAACACAUGAUCAAGAAAAUGUUAUCGCGUAAAAAAGUUCUUCUUGUUCUUGAUGAUGUAGAUGAAUCAGACAAGUUAAAAAAGUUAGUCAAGAGAGAUUGGUUUGGUUUGGGCAGUAGAAUUAUCAUAACAACAAGAGAUAUGAAGUUGUUGAAGGAAUUCUCAAUAAAUGAAAUUUUUGAAGUUAAAGCUUUGAAUUAUGAUGAUGCUCGUUGUCUUUUCUUUUCAAAAGCUUUUGAAAAACAUGCCCCUAAUGAAUAUUUGAGACUGUCCCAAGGCAUUUUAGAAUAUGUUAAUGGUGUUCCUUUAGCUCUUGACAUUUUGGGAUCUUUUUUGUUUGGAAGAAGUAUGGAUGAUUGGGAAAGUGCGAUAGAGAGGCUCAAAGAAGAGCCUAUUGAAAAAGUUAAUCAAGCACUAAAAAUAAGUUUUGAUGGACUCCAAGCUUCAGAGAAGGAAAUAUUCUUAGAUAUUGCAUGCUUCUUUAAUCACGAGGUGAAAGAUUCUGUGAAACAAAAACUAGAAAUUCUUGGCCGUCAUCCCCGUAUUGGAUUAAGCAUUCUCAUUGAGAAAUCUCUCUUGAAAAUUUCCAAUAAUGAAUUGUGGAUGCACGAUUUACUAAGAGAUAUGGGUAGGGAUAUUGUUCGUCAAGAAUCUCGUAAUGAGCCUGGGAAGCGCAGUAGACUGUGGCUUUAUGAGGACAUUGAUCCUGUGUUAAAAAACAAUACGGGAACAAUGAAAGUUCAAGCCAUGGAUAUCAGGGGAGCAGAGGCAUGUUGGCGAGGUUUCACAUUUUCAGAAAAACAAAAACGGCCACUUUGGAACCCUAAUGCCUUUUCGAAGAUGUCCAAUCUUAAAUUUCUAAGAGUUCGUAAUGUUUUUCCUCAGCAUGUCCCAAACCAUCUUCCUAAUUCUUUAAGAUAUCUUGAAUGGAGUGGUUAUCCUGCAAAAUCGUUACCAUGUUUUCAGCCAAAUGAGCUUGUUCAACUUCAUUUGCCGCAUAGCAAAAUUGAAUUUCUUUGGGAAGGAAUGAAGAAUUUUGACAAGUUGAAGUCCAUCAAUAUGGCUGGCUCCUCGAACUUGAUUAAAGCCCCCAACUUUAAUGGAGUUCCGAAGCUUGAGGAAUUAGUUCUUGAAGGGUGUUCAAAGUUACGCACGCUUGACCCAUCCAUUGGAAAAUUGGAAAACCUUAAACUUCUUAAUCUAAAGAAGUGCCAAGAACUAACUAGUCUUCCAAACAAGUUUGAAUGGAAAUCUCUUGUGACUCUUAAUCUUACUGGUUGUUCCAAAGUCAAGAAAAUUCCAGAAUAUGUGGGAAACAUGAAGCACUUAGAGGAACUUCUUUUGGAAGGCGUUGCUAUCAUAGAAUUACCUUCAUCAGUUGAAUGUUUGACUGGCCUUAAUACUUUGAUCUUGAAGAAUUGCAAAAAUUUAGUACGCCUUCCUAACAUCAUUUGUAGCUUGACAUCGCUUAACAAUCUUAACCUUUCUGGAUGCUCAAAAUUUGACAAAUUGCCACAGGACUUGGGGAAUAUCACAAGUCUAAAGAACCUUUAUUUGAGUGGGACAGCCAUAAAGGAGCUGCCUUCAUCAAUUGAAUUUUUGAAUGGCCUUGAAGCAUUGGCUCUAGAAGAUUGCAAAAAGUUUGUGCUUCUUCCAAGUACCGUUUGUAGUUUGAAGUCACUAAAGGCAAUGUAUCUUUCUAGAUGCCCAAAAUUUGUCAACUUGCCAGAGAACCUCGGGAAUCUCAAACAUCUGAGUAGUCUUUAUUUUGGAGGAACAGCAAUAGAAGUAUUGCCAUCAUCUGUUGGACAUUUGACUGCCCUUUGGGAUUUAAACCUAGAAGAUUGCAAAAAUCUUGUGUGUCUUCCAAACACCAUUUGUAAUUUGAAGAGGGUAUAUCGUCUUGAUCUUACUGGAUGCUCAAAAAUUACCAACUUGCCAGAGAACCUGGAGAAUAUGGAAAGCCUAGCGGAGCUUUUUUUGGGUGGAACUGCUAUAAAAGAGUUACCUUCCUCCACCAUUCACCUUAAACAGGUCAUGCUUAGUUUAUCUUUCAAGGGAUGUCAAUUGUCAUCAUCUUCAUUGACAUCUAUGCCAAGAGGUCAAUAUAUAGAUCUCAGUGACUGCAACCUUUCGGCAAUUCCAAGCGGUAUUGACCGCAUCCCUAUGACGGAGCGUUUUGUUUUAUAUCUAAGGGGAAAUGAUUUCGUUUCCCUUCCUGAAAGCAUCUCUCAAUUCUCUGGACUGAUACGUCUUUACUUGGAUGGUUGCAAAAGCCUUCGAUCAUUAUCAAAUAUUCAGAUUCCGUCACAAGUUGAAUUUAUAUGCGUAGACAAUUGUACCUCACUGGAGAGAUUGCCAGAAGGCCCAGAACCACUAAAUGAUUCCGUCCGAAAUAAUUUCACUGUCCAGUGUUUCAACUGCUUCAAAUUGGCUGAAAAUUUUCAAAACUUCAGUAACAUUUUUCAGGGACAAAGUUGUAAACAACUUGAGAAAUAUUAUAUUAUUCCUGGAAGGGAAAUUCCGAAAUGGUUUGAAAAAGUGAACAUAUGUGAUGCUUCAGUUGGCCCUCGUUAUGGACGUGGGCCUUAUGAAAAAAAAAAAGUGAAGAUACAAUUGCCUGGGUCUGGGUCAGGGUGUGAUGAGUGGAGGGGAAUUGUUUUGUGCGUUGUUUUAUUACCCUUGCCCAUCGAGCGUCAUUAUGCAUACCGACGCAUUUUUGUGAAUGGAUCCCAUACUUCCUUUUAUUUGAGGUCAGAAUAUGGUAAAGUUGAAUCGCAUCACCUUUGGCUGCACAGUGUGUCCAAGAACAAUUUCCGCCUUCCGAAAACUCCUGGCCGCUCUAUUGAUAAGAAGGGAUUCCAUCAAGUUGAGCUUGAAAUACAGAGCUGGGGCUUCGAGGUGGAGAAAUUUGGGUUUCGUGUGGUAUAAAAGCAAGACAUUGAAGAUCCCUAUUGAGAUGUGAAAUAGAGUAUGAUAAUACUUUCUUCAGUUGGUGAUGAAAUCUAGGGUUUGAAGAUCCCAACCAAAAUAAGCGAAGCCCAUGAUGAGGAUGAUGGGGAAUUCUUUUCCUUCACUUCUUUAACCUUUCCUCAUGCGGGAUUUGGAUUGGGCUGUGAAAGGCUUGUGCAAUUUGCUACAGGAAUAGAGAAUAUAAGAGACACAAUCCCUUUCCCUCAGACACCUGGUUCAGCUGAAUUUUAAUGAUGAAGUUACCGUGGAUGGCUGCUGUCUGUUGGCGCAAAAUUCUUUGUAUGCAAUGGAGUGAGUGCACAAUAGCAAUACCUGGAGCAUUGAGGUGGAGACAGUAGGGUUCCGUUUGUUAAACAAGCAAGACAUCAAAGAGACAUAGAAUGUGAGGAAUCCAGUCAAGGAGAUUUUUUUUUUUUUUUUCUCUUCUUUUACCUUUAUGAAGUAUAUUUAAUGCUAAGGCAGUUGCUAUAUGCAUGCUGCCAUGACAAAUCAACAGCUAACAGAUAGUGGAAACCGGAUGAUGGACAAGACUGAUCAAGCCAUUGGAGGUCAUAAAAGACUGUUCAAGACACCAUCAACGUUGGAACAGAAACUGCAGCUGCACUCAAGGAUCAGACUGAACAAAUGAGUCAGGCUGUUAAGUGUUAAUGAGCUGGACUAUCCAUUUCUCGAUCAAGAAAGCUUCUCAACUUGUGAAGGAACUUGGUUGCAACUGAUAGGUGUAUUAUGGCAUUACUCUUCCUAAUUAUUGCCAUUGGAGUCAUAGCUAUCAUUAUUGUAAAGGAGGGACAAUCAUGGCACGGGGAUUGAGGUCCCUAUUGAGGUGGAAAAAAGGAUGCAUAUUUAUUACAUUCGGAACAGAGGGUUUGGUAACAGAUUUAAUGUGUUGGGUGAUGACAAUCAUGGCACUCCGAAUGACUUAACGCAAUGACCCAGAAAUCAAGAAGGCAUGUGACUCAUACAGUGAUCAUUUUGGACAGUUCAUCAAACUGAUAUUCUAUGGCAUCCAAAAGGUAUCAUGAUUAUGCAUGAACAGCAAAACAGUCUCUUAUUAAUUUGUCGUUGAACUUGGGAUUAUUACUACAAAUUUUCAACUUGAGUCAAAGGGAUGUCCUAAUUAUUGCAUUGGAGAUCUUAAACCGAAAUCUCAAAUUGUAUUUAGGAGCAGUACUAGUAGAAGUUGGCUGUACAAAGUCAAAGCUUGUGUGCUUGCAUUUAUAGUGACUUGAUGUGAAGAGUGUGGAAGGAAGAAAAGAAGAAAAAUGUGUGAAAUAAAAGGAAAGG